AUGUCCGCGGUUAUAGUCGCGUGGAUGACAUUUGUGACAUUGCUGGCGCUGGCUUUGGGAUCGGCCGUCAAUGACCGCAAGCCUAACACCGUGUUCGUGGCCAUACUCAUACGGAAUAAGGCUCACACUCUUCCAUACUUCUUCAGUGCUUUUGAAUCUCUUGACUAUCCCAAGGACCGAAUACAUCUGUGGAUUAGGAGUGAUCAUAACAUAGAUAACUCCAUUCAAAUUUUAAAUAAAUGGUUAAAGACAUCAGGAACAGUUUACCAUUCAAUUGAUGUUAAAGUAGAUAAUAGUUCAACAAAGUAUGAUGAUGAAAGCGGUCCAGCACAUUGGCCCCAUUCUAGAUUUCAGCAUAUUGUCCAGCUAAGGGAAUCUGCUUUAAGAACUGCACGAGAAAGUUGGGCUGAUUAUAUUUGGUUUUUAGAUUGUGAUGCGUUUAUUAUCAAUAAGUCUACUUUGAAAAAUUUAAUAAAAAAAAAAUAUCCAGUUGUUGCUCCUAUGUUGAAAUCUGAUGGAUUAUAUUCAAAUUUUUGGUGUGGCAUGACUGACAACUAUUAUUAUAAGAGAACUUCUGAUUAUGCACCUAUAGUAGAAAGAAAAACUAAGGGGUGCUUUCAAGUUCCAAUGAUUCACAGCUCAGUUUUAAUAGAUUUAAGACUUCAGAUCACUAACUAUUUAACAUUUAACCAUAGUUUAUUGUCUAAUUACAUGGGACCUGUAGAUGAUAUAAUUAUAUUUGCUAUGUCUGCAAAUUUUUCUGGUAUUCCCUUGCACGUUUGUAAUGAUGAAAUGUAUGGCUUUAUAACUAUACCACUUGAAAAAGAUAGUUCUUUAGAAAUGGACAUAAGUCAGUUGACAAAUAUAAAAUUAGAAAUAACUGUUGAUAAUGAACCAUUACAAAUUUCAAGUAACUUAUCAGAUCUUGAUUUACCAAGUGCUCUCUUAGACAAUAUGGGUUUGGACAAUGUUUUUGUGAUUAACUUAGCCCGAAGAACAGAAAGACGUAACCGUAUGUAUUACUGUCUUAAUGAACUGGGUUUAAAUGCAACGUUUAUCGAAGCUACUGAUGGAAGAGCUCUGACCGAACAGGAUUUGGAGUUCAUGGGCGUGAGGCUCAUGCCUGGUUAUAAAGACCCCUAUUAUAAACGGCCAAUUACUAAAGGAGAGAUUGGAUGCUUCAUGAGCCAUUACAGAAUUUGGGCAAAGACAACUUCUGAAGGUUUAGACGAAGUAUUGGUUCUAGAAGAUGACGCGAGAUUUGAACCGUAUUUUCGUUUCAAAUUACAAAUGGUAUUGAACGAAUUGAGACGUCUAAAAGUUUCUUGGGAUUUAGUUUACAUUGGUCGAAAGUCAUUAAACGACAACAACGAAAGCCAGUUAGAAAACUCGAAACUCCUUGUGCGGCCGGGUUAUUCGUAUUGGACACUCGGAUAUUUGUUGAGCGGACGCGGUGCAGAGAAACUGUUAAACGCUAACCCGUUAAAAAAAUUGCUCCCGGUGGACGAAUUCCUCCCAAUUAUGUUUAACCAACAUCCUCAGACCGAAUGGUUGGAGCAAUUUGAAGAACGCAACUUAAUCGCAUUGUCUGCGUCGCCUCUGCUCAUCUAUCCCAUCCGGUACACGUCAGACGAUGGUUACGUCAGUGACACCGAAGACUCUGUGACCGUGCAGGUGACGAAUGACAAGUUCGCGACCGAACAAAAUGAAAUCAAAGAAGAUUUGUGAUUUGUGUGCCAUUAUUAUUACUUGUUAUUAAUAUUAUUAUUAUAACCUAAUAUUGAAUAGCCUGUUAUCGAAAUUUGUUACGUGUCAUAUCAUAUUUUUAUAUUCGUUAUGAUUUUUUUAUACAUUUAAUUAUUAUUAUUAUAUAUUACACAUUAGUUAUAUGGAAACGAAUUCGGCAAAGAUAUUGUAUAGGAAAAAACAGCAGUAAAUUCGUACAGUUCACUGGUAAUUUCAUACUGGCGCGUUCGUGUAGAAAAUUUACUUUUAUUGAAAACAUGACACCAGCAUUGUUUUUAAGUAUAGUGGGAAAGGGAUUUAUGCCGUGGUGUUAUGAGAUCGAAAAAUACAUUUAAAGGUACCUAACCUUGGAAUCGAACUCUUGAAUACGAUUACAGUAGACUGGAGAUGAUAUAAAGUUUUUUUUUUAAAUUAUUAACAAUGUUGACUUUAUCAUUAACGCUAAAAUACAUUUUAUACGUUUUAUUUUUACAUAGACUCGAUAUAUGAUUGAUACCAAUUUAUUUUUUUUUAUGUUACUUCUAUAGAGCAAAAACGCGUAGUAUACCAUAGGUAUAUUUUUAUUUUACAACAUAGUGAUAUUUAUACUAGUACAAUAAAAUAGAAAUAAAAGUUUUUCUUGUACUUCAAUAGACUGAUUGAUUCGUUUUUAUAAGACUUAUAUAAUGAUGAUAACUUUGUGUUCAUGUCUUUUGACCUACAAGUGAAGCGUAAAUUAUGUAAUUAUUUCCAAAUAAUUGGUUUUUUGUUACCAGAAACAAAACUAUUUAUGUAAUGAAUAUUUAGUGGGUAUUUUAUUUCUAUGAAUUAGAUAUUAUUAUAA